AUGGAUAUAAGAAAUCAAACCACCUUGGUGGAGUUCAUAGUCUUGGGAUUUGCUAGCCUUCAGCAAAUCCAGCUGUUGAUUUUCACUGGACUUUUGCUUAUUUACCUCUUCACACUCCUGGGGAACAUCUUCAUUAUGAUUGUUUCUUUUCUGGACCAAAAUCUUCAUACCCCCAUGUAUUUUUUCCUUGGCAACCUCUCCUUCCUGGAUAUCUGCUAUACUACCACCACCAUCCCUCAGAUGUUGGUUCACCUCCUCUCAAAAAGGACCAACAUUUCUUACAUGGGCUGCGUGGUGCAGCUGUACUUCUUCUUCUCCUUUGUGGGCACAGAAUGCCUCCUGCUGGCAGCAAUGGCCUUCGAUCGCUACGUUGCAAUUUGCAACCCGCUACGUUACACGGUAGUCAUAAGGAAAAGCAUUUGCUUGCUGCUAGCAGCUGCUUCUUGGUUAAGUGGUUUCCUGAACUCUGCAGUACACACCACCUUUACCUUCCAGCUACCCUUCUGUGGGAACAACCGCUUGGACUACUUCUACUGCGAUAUCCCACCACUGCUUGAGCUGUCGUGUGGGGACACCUCUCUGAACAAAAUCCUGCUACUCUCCAUUGGUCUCUUCAUUGCCUGGACACCCUUUUUCUGCAUCCUUCUGUCAUACACCUAUAUUCUCUCAACCAUCCUGAAAAUCCCUUCCUCGCAAGGGAAGAGGAAAGCAUUCUCCACCUGUUCAUCCCAUCUCACUGUGGUCAUCCUCUACUAUGGAAGCUCUAUCUUCACUUACCUGAGACCCAGUUCAAGCUACACACCAGGCAGUGCCAAGCAGAUCUCAGUGUUGUAUAGUACCCUGACACCAAUGUUAAACCCCAUCAUUUAUACCCUGCGGAACAAAGAUGUGAAGGAAGCCUUGAGAAAACUCAUAUGUCAGCUGUGA